GCCUGUGUCACGGCGUGGCCGGGAGCCGAGCGCGGCCGGGCGGGACAUCCGGCUCUAGUCCCUGGCUGCGCCCGCUCGCCGCCUGCCCCGGCGCUUCGGCCGGGGAGCCGGCCGCGCCCUCGGUUCGGAUCAGGCCAGACUGCGGGCCCAGCCAGGUCCCCUGCCUGCCCCUGGCCGGAGCGGCUACCACCGCGGCAGCCCUCGGGCCGGGCCGGCCUGCGCCAGCCCCCGCCCAAAGCACCAUGCUCCCCCGCCCGCUGACCCCGCUGGCGGCCCCAAAUGGCGCCGAGCCCCGGGGCCGGACGCUGAGACGCGCCCCGCUCAGCCGAGCUCGGGCCGGUCUGGGGGGUCCGCCCUUGCUGCUGCCGUCCAUGCUGAUGUUCGCGGUGAUCGUGGCCUCCAGCGGGCUGCUGCUCAUGAUCGAGCGGGGCAUCCUGGCAGAAAUGAAACCCCUUCCUCUGCACCCGCCCAGUCGCGAGGGCGCGGCCUGGCGUGCGGCAGCUCAAGAUCCUGGAGCACCAACCCCAGAGGCCGGGGACUCAGAUCUGCGAGUGCUGCAGGACGUCCGGAACCGAACUUUGCGGGCGGUGUGCCGGCAGCCAGGCAUGCCACAGGACCCCUGGGACCUGCCGGUGGGUCAGCGGCGCACCCUCCUGCGCCACAUCCUCGUGAGUGACCGCCACCGCUUCCUUUACUGCUACGUCCCCAAGGUGGCCUGCUCUAACUGGAAGCGGGUGCUGAAGGUACUGGCGGGCGUCCUGGACAACGUGGACGUCCGCCUCAAGAUGGACCACCACAGUGACCUGGUGUUCCUGGCAGACCUGCGGCCCGAGGAAAUUCGCUACCGCUUGCAGCACUACUUCAAAUUCCUGUUUGUGCGGGACCCUUUGGAACGCCUUCUCUCUGCUUACCGCAACAAGUUUGGCGAGAUCCGAGAGUACCAGCAGCGCUAUGGGGCUGAGAUUGUGAGGCGGUACCGGCCUGGAGCCGGACCUACCCCAGCAGGAGAUGAUGUCACCUUCGCAGAAUUCCUGAGAUACCUGGUGGAAGAGGAUCCAGAGCGCAUGAAUGAACACUGGAUGCCUGUGUACCACCUGUGUCAACCCUGCGCUGUGCACUACAACUUUGUGGGCACCUAUGAAAGACUGGAGGCUGAUGCCAACCAGGUGCUAGAGUGGGUGGGGGCGCCACCCCAUGUCCGGUUCCCAGCUCGCCAGGCCUGGUACCGGCCAGUCAGCCCCGAAAGCCUGCACUACCACCUGUGCAGUGUCCCACAGGCUCUGCUGCAGGAUGUGCUCCCAAAGUAUAUCUUGGACUUCUCCCUCUUUGCCUACCCAUUGCCCAAUGUCUCCAGGGAGGCCUGCCACCAGUGACCAGGGGUGUGAGGCCAGAAGCUUUUGGGGACUGGUUUUGAUGCCAGCUUCUUGUGCUUUCCCCUGCCAUUCAGAGAAACUGGCCGGGGACUUGGGCUUUUCCUGAAGCUGGGAUGGUAGGGACUGCCCCAGGAACUCCUAGGCCAGGUUGGGUACCUAUAGUGGCUUAGAGACAGGUUGAGACAGGAGGCUACUGUUCCCCCGGGGUUAUCUUGAGUACCAGUGUGAUGUGGUUUGCUUUGGCCCAUCUACUUCAGGGACACUUGAGCUCCUGGCUGCAGGGAUUGUACAGUGCACUUGGUCCAUUGUAAUUUAAUCUGGCCGACCUGGGGUGGUGUCGGACCUUAUAACUCUGACACACACUCCACCACCAACCCUCAGGUGCACUCAUCCACCCCAUGUGCCUCAGGACUGGAGUGAGCAGUUGUGCCUUGUAAAUGACUUUGGUGCCUCCCUGCUCCAGACAAAAUUCACUAUACUUGCCAGAUUUUUGUCCAUUUUUUUCAAGGAAAGGAAAACUGAAGGAAGGCUCUUACUUGGUAGUUCCAGCAUUCUGCAGGCAUCCAAAUAUCCAGCCUCUUUCUAUAGCUCUGGGAACAUCCUUUCUUGUCCUGUCUGCCUUCCCUGUAAGCCUUCAAUGUUACCACUGUGGCUGGCAUGUCUGUUUGCCGUUUUUCUGAUGCAUUUAUUUAAAAUUUGUACUUUUUGAUAAAAUCCUUAUACACCCCCUCCCAGCUGAUUUUUUUUUAAAUAAAGCUAUUUGUAUACAAA